AUGACACGCGACAACGACGUCGUCUUCGGCCUGGCCAACGUCCCAGAGAGCGAGACGCGCGCGUACCACUCGGACAAGGACAGCAUCUACCCUCUGCCGGCGGAUACGGCAGAGAGCGACCGCCUCACGCUACAGCACAAGCUCAUCGUUGGGCUGUUUGGCGGCCUCCUCCAGCCCCCAGUGAAAGAGCACCUCGAGUCGCGCAAGCAUCCUGCAGUAGUCGACGUCGGGUGUGGCCCCGGUGACUGGAUCAAGGACGUCAAGGCCGCGUAUCCACACGUCGUGUGCGCCGCGACGGACUUUGCCCCGACGUUCGUCGACGACCCUCGCACGCCCGUCACAUUUGACCAUGGCAACGUCCUCAAGCAGCUGCCGUACCCCGACGGCCAGUUCGACAUCACACAUAUGCGCAUGAUGGUCGCGGCGCUGCGGGCCGACGAGUGGCCGCGUGCCAUUGCAGAGGUCAUUCGCGUCACGAAGCCCGGGGGCUGGAUCCAGCUCACCGAGCUCGAGCUCAAGUUCCACGCGCCAAAGGCCAUCACCGGCGCGACAAAGGAGCUCGAGGACGAGAGCCAGGAAAAGUUCUUUGGCGCAAGGCAGACAGAGUACUUUGCCGCCCACCGCCUCCCGCAGUACCUCACUAUGGCAGGGCUGCCGUCCGCCAGCGUGCAGGUCAAGCGCGGUUACUGGGACCGCUCAGACGUCGGCGGAGCGGGCGAGGCCGCGUUCAACAGCUACUAUGCGGUCAUGCAGUCCCUCGCGCCGGUACUGGCCAGCUUGACGGGCCGCUCGGUCGCCUACGAGCGCGACCGCGCAUCCCAGGCAAUGGUGGACGGCGAGGCGCAGGAUGUGUGGAUGAACUGGGUCACUCAACCCCCCUACGGAUACCCCCCUCAACCGGGACAGCCAGGCCAGUAUCCACCCGGCCAGCAGCCUUACGCGUUGCAGCCUGGCCAGCAGGUAGUCUACGCCGUUGCUCCUCAGCCCGGACAGCCAGGCUACAACCCCUACGCGCCGCCAGUAGCGCAGUCUCCGUACGCAGCGCCAGCAGCUGCUUCACCUUACGCGCCCCCGGCUCAGCCCCAGUGCCCCUACGCGCCUCCAGCCCAGCCCCAGUCCCCAUACGCUCCCCCAGCACAAGCUCAGUCUCCCUACGCCCCUCCAGCGCAGGCCCAGUCCCCAUACGCGCCGCCUGCAGCAGCAGCAGUCGCCUCCCCGUACGCGCCUCCCCAGUCCCCGCCGGUCCACCCCGUCGGUUCGCCCCCUCCAAACCCAGCGUCUCCCCCGCCCGCAGCGGGCCCCGCCAUCAUUCAGCAGCUCCCCAACGAGAUGGGCCGCCUGCGGCCCAUCUACCCCACCCUCGGCACAUUCACUGCUCGCGGUGAGCUGCACGCCAAGCUCCUCCAGCGGCAGCUGGUCGAAGCGACCGAGGAGCUCGGCGACGACCACCGCUUCGACGUCAACCUCGCCAAGGGCGAGCUGUCGUUUACCGCGCCGAACGGCAAGCAGCUCCUCACGCGCUGCCACCUCAUGGCGUCGAUUGCCCCCGGCCCCAAGUCGGUGCUCUGGGGUUGGGCUAUGCCGCGCGGCGACGAAGUCAGCCGCCAGCUCCAGCAGUACGGGCAGGCGCACGGGAUCAAGGAGCUGGCCGAGAGCGAGCUGCCGUUCCCGCCCAACCUCGAGGGCGACUACCAGGACAUUACGGACCUCGCGCAAGAGCUGGGCCAGCUGUGCGUCGGCGUGCUCGGCCGCGGGCCGUACUACACCUUCGAGUCGGGCAACGGCGGCCGCGUGUUGGUGUUGCUCGAUGGGCCCUUCCCGCCGCUCACGGUGAGGGACGUCGGCACGGGCACCAUGUCCGCCAUGAUGGGCGGCAUGAUCAACGCGCGCGAGUCGGCGCUUGGGCUGGGAUACGCGCGCGGCUUCCGCGUCCACCAGCCCGACGCGAGCACCGUCGUGCUCGACGACGAGCGCUCCCAGGUGUCCUUCAACGAGGACGACAAGGAAGCGGCACGCGAGCGCGACCAGCACGCGCUUUUUACACUGCUGUUCGGCGCCGAGGUGCUCGCGCCAGUCACACAGGUACUGGAACAGGGCGGGAGGGUGCUCGAUGUGGGGUGCGGCCCUGGAAGCUGGAUCGAGGCCGUCAAGGCGCUCUACCCGGCCGUCGAGGCCACCGCCGUCGACUACCAUCCGACCUACACGCCGCCGGCAAAGUCGGGGAUCACCUUUACUCUCGGCGACGUGCUUCAAGGCCUGCCGUUCCCAGACGACCACUUUGACCUCGUGCACCACCGCGCCAUGAUCCUGGCCAUCAAGACGGACGAGUGGCCGAGUGUUAUAGCCGAGCUCGCACGGGUCACCAGGCCAGGAGGGUGGGUGCAGCUGACCGAGGCGCAUCUCGACAUCCAGGCGAGGCUGGGCAUGACGCCGACGAUCAGGCAGUGGAACGACCAGGUUGUUCGUGGAACGGCGCUGGAGAUCGGCUCAGACCCCGACAUUGCGCCCAAGCUCGCGUCUCAUGCGACGGCUGCGGGGCUCGGCGACCAGGUGACCCGCUUUGUCGCCGCGCCGCUCGCGCGCAGUGGUGCUGGCGAGAUUGGGCGGCUCAUGGCGGCCGACUUUGCAGCUGUUAUCGAGAUGCUGGCGCCGGUCAUUGCGGACAAUGUCGGCCGCGGUGUCACGCCGGAACAGGUUCUCCUGUGGGGCGAGAGCGUGCUCAACGAGGCCGAGUGGCACGAGGCGUACUUUAACUUCUAUACCACUGUCGCGCAGAAGCCGGAAGCGGUAGAGCAGGAGGGAGGCGGGACGAGUGUCUCUGCCAAGCAUGCAUGA